CAUUCACUUAGGAAGCGUCCGCAAGGUUGAACAUAAGCGGAAAUUUGCUAUAUAUUUUACAUAAUUUUACACAGACCAGACACACACACGUAGAUUUUAAUUGUCAAGCAGAUAUAUAAUUCGCCUUUAUAGGUUAUAAAAGAGGUAUAUAUCUCAUUUAACGUCGAAAUAAUAUUGAAAAUGAAACAAAAGGUGACAAUGGUGGACGUCGAAGGAACAGGAUGUCCUGCCACAAAGACGGCAUCCACCGUUUGCAGCAAAAAUGUGGUCAUCAACGGUCAUGUGGAAACGGCAGAGCGCGAAGGUACGGCCGUGAAAGGUGCGCGGUCUCCGGAAGAGAGGGAGGCCAUGCUGACUGGCAAUGUGAAGCCGAUCGAGUGCCGGGUUUACUGGACCAGGUUCGUGAUCCUGAUCGUGUUCAGCCUCUACUCCAUGGUGAACGCCUUCCAGUGGAUCCAGUACAGCAUCAUCUCCAACAUCUUCAGCACUUUCUACCAAGUCUCCUACGAGCAGAUCGACUGGCUGUCGGUGGUGUACAUGCUCGUCUACGUCCCCCUCAUCUUCCCCGCCGCCUGGCUGCUCGACAAGAAGGGCUUGAGGAUCGUGGCGCUGCUGGGUUCCGGCCUCAACUGCAUCGGAGCGUGGAUUAAAAUCGCAAGCGUAAGGCGAGACCUGUUUGGGGUGACCAUGUUCGCCCAAACGGUCUGUUCCAUCGCUCAGAUUUUUAUCCUUGGUCUGCCCUCUCGAGUGGCCUCCGUAUGGUUCGGUCCUCGAGAGGUGUCUACGGCGUGCGCCUCCGCCGUCCUGGGCAAUCAGCUUGGUGUGGCUUUUGGUUUUCUUUUACCUCCAAUUUUGGUGCCUAAUACUCCAGAUGAUCUUGAUCUGAUGGCAAGCAACAUAAGUAUAUUGUUCUAUGGAACAGCAGCAAUAGCCACAGUGUUGUUCAUCCUGGUUGUAGCAGUAUUUAAGGACAAACCUCCACUUCCUCCAAGCCAGUCCCAAGCAGUGCUUUUGGACAGCCCUGAUGAGUAUUCCUACAAACAAUCGAUUGUAAAUUUGUUUAAGAGUGUUCCAUUUGUGCUACUGCUACUAAGUUAUGGUAUUCUGACAGGGUCAUAUUAUUCAGUAGGAACACUAUUAAAUCAAAUGAUCAUUGCUCACUAUGAGGGACAAGAAUUGAAUGCUGGGAGAAUUGGACUAACUUUAGUGGUGUCAGGGAUGGUAGGUUCCAUCAUUUCUGGUUUCUGGGUGGACCAUACAAAGGCAUACAAGCAGACCACCCUUGCAGUCUACAUUAUUUCAUUUAUUGGAAUGCUCAUUUUCACCUUCACGUUAAGUCUUGGCCAUAUCGAAGUAGUCUUUGUGACAGCAGGAGUCUUGGGUUUUUUCAUGACUGGUUAUCUUCCAUUGGGCUUUGAAUUUGGUGUAGAAAUAACCUAUCCAGAAUCCGAGGGAACAUCAUCUGGACUUCUCAAUGCUUCUGCACAACUAUUUGGAAUUGUGUUCACGCUGGCCCAAGGAAAAUUGAAAGCUGAUUAUGACGCAUUUACAGGAAAUAUCUUUCUUUGUUCUUGGAUCUUUGUGGGAAUCAUUCUUACAGUUUUCAUAAAAACAGACUUAAGAAGACAACAAGCAAACUUAGCUGCAAAUGCUCAGUUGGCUGAUCGAGAUUCACUAGAAAGAGUUUCCACUUCACAAAAUGAACUUCAUGCACCAGAAGAAACUACAAUCUAAUUAAUAUGGGAGAACAGAUGGCAGUGGUACAGCGCACAAUUAGUAAAUGGCACUGAAAUAAAUGAAGAGCUGCUAAUGGUGCAAUGGUUAGAAAAAUGUGAUAAUUUAUUAACAGUGACCAAUAUUUAUUAGUAGUUCAAAUAAUGGACUCAUUUUAACUAGUUUCAAGAGCAUUAGAUUGUUUUAUUCCAGUAAGAUGGAUAUUUUUGCAAAAAAAAAAUUGGAAGUUGGAUUGGUUUGGACAAAUCAUUUCUACAGAAGAUUUAAACUGGACCAGAUUUCCAUUUUUAUAUGUAAAAAUGUAUGAGAGCCAAGUAACUUGAACAUCUUUGUCAGUCUUACAUACGGACUUUUUGUUUAAGUGUUAUUUUUAAAUGUUACUUUACCAUUGUCUGGUAAUUUUCCAAAUGUAAGCACACUGAAUUUUUGACAUUCUCAUUACUUUUUUAAAAAAAAAUGGCUUUGUGAUUUUGUUAUUGCUCUUGGGCAUGUUGGAUGAGUUCUGAGAACGGGUCAGUGUUCUGAAAAGUGAGGGAGAAUUCAGUCUCCCAAAAAUGUAAAACUCUAGCCUUCUUAAUGUUCAAAGAGAAAUUUAGUUUUUUAAGUUAAAUUGUGUAUAAAUAGCUCUUGCACAAUUUGUAACAUCCAUAAAAUCAAUUUCCAUGGAAAUGCACUUGAUACUUGUUAAGUAGUCAAAACUGUAAUGUGCUUAGCAGUAGCUCACACAGAUUUGAUAUGUUUGUAAUAUAUAGUUAUAUAUAUCAGCAGCGAGUUGCAAUUUUCCGUUUUGAUCCAUAGUUAUGCUAUGGAUAUCAAAUAGUAUAUACGUGAAAAUAUUAGUGGACAGAAGUUAUUCAUACACCACAGUUUGCACUUAAAUCUAUUCAAUUCACGGGAAUGAAUACAGUAGGUUUAAGUUUCACAGAUGAUAUUCUAUCUUGAACUUCAUAAGAAGCUAGAGAGUAAAAUUGUAAAGUUUGUUGUCCAGUGCAGUCUAUGUACUGUAAGCCCCCAGAUGUUUGGGGGAACAAAUAUCUGUUCAUCGCAAUAGUUGUGCCUUUAAUAUUGAUAUGAAAAGAUGCAACAGAUUUUAACUAUUUAGGUGCAUUAAAUUCGAAGAACUGUAUUAAGAUCUAAAUGAUCAACCUCGUGCAAGGUCAUUAGUCCGCCGGAUGGUACUGUAUAUAUUGGCAAUGUAGAACCAAAGUUAUUAAUUAUGCACCUAUACUCUCAUACAUUGUUAAUCUUAGAGCAUCUGUACAGUUGGAGUCAAUUCUGGUUAUUCACUUGCAAAUAUUCAUGGUUCUGUCACUUUACCAGAUGAUAACCAUCAAAUUAUGAACCUGUCACUGUGGAGUGCACAUAGUUGUGGUUACUUUGGUUCAUGUUUCACAUAUCUGUAUAUAAUUGUAUCAUUUUCUUCAUGUGAUUUUAAUACACAAUGAAAUUUUUAUUUUGCA